CCCCGCGAACGCGACCGCGGCCGGCACAGCAACUCGGGCGGUGGCAGGAUCGGCUCUCUGCAACCGAAAUGCACCUCACAAGGCGGCGCCGACAACUCUUAGCUCUUCUUUCUGUCGAAGCUGUCAACACUCUCCACCAUCAGCAGCACCGCUACUACUACAACAACCACAACUACGACAACGACGAGAGGCACGGAGGCGACAGCGACUGGAACGACGACAGCAGCGUCGCGGACGAGCGGCAGGGGAGCAGCGGACACCACCCCGGCGCGCUGUUGACAACCACGCCACGUCGUGAAGUCGUCGUCAGACAAUGCCCCUGGCCUGUACGGCGCCACCUAUUCUCCCAGCGACGAAGACGACAAACGGAACAAGAGCGACAUCGAGAGCGAUCGAGCAGCAGCAGCAGCGGCGCCGGAGCCACGUCAGAAACUCGGCGGCAGCAGCAGCAGCAGCAGCGGCGGAAGCAGCGACAUCGGUCUCGGGAGAGCAAGCCGCGGCCCAGGGCGGUCCCAGUUCGAGCACCGUCGCCGCCAUCCUCCUGUUCGUCCUGAUACUGCCGGCGGUACCCGACCCGGCGGUGGCGGCGGCGGCGGCGGCGGGCGCGCACCACAACGCGACGACGCCGCUCUCGCUCCUGAACCCCUGGUUGUCAGCCUGUGAUAUCGCGGACCCGGCCACGGCGCCGGACCUCAGGGGCAGCUGCAGUGCGCGGGACGCGAUGCCCUCUCUCUCGGAUAAUAAUCACUACAGUAAUAAUUACGAUAGCGGAGUUAAUAAGCAGCGUAACAAUAAUAGUAGUAGUAAUUACGGUAGGGACACGGAAGCGGGGGCGGCGGCGGCGGCGGCGGCGGAGGCCGAGAUGACGACGGGUCGGCUCAACGGGCAGGUGUCGGAGGGCCCGGGGCCGCCGUGUGGGGGCGGGGGCGGGGGCGGAGCAGACCGAGAGUGCCUUUGCGGGGGCGUGCGGCUGGACGAGGCGGCGGCGGCGGCGGCGUGCGCGGCGGCCCCCGGCCGGCGGGAGGCGGCGCUGCGGCGGCUGCGGCUGCGCCAGUGCUGCGGCCGCGCGCCGCUCGACGCGCUCAAGCCCGAGGCGCGCGCCGCCGCGCUGCGCGGCCCGGCCGCCGGCUGCCGCGCGCACCUGCGCGCCCUCGCGCGCCUCGACGCGCUCGCCGCCACGCUCGCCUGCAAGUUCGACGAGCUGCUGCGCCGCUACGACUGCGCGCAGGACUACUCCGUCAGCUUCGGCUGCGCCCACUGCCAGGUAGGCCGCAGCGUCGCCCGCGUCCCACGACGCGCCGCGCCGCGCCGCACACGCGGCAUCGAUCCGCCGCGCCGGGACGCUUCUCCACGUGGCGCCCGGCGAGCGUCACGACACUCCGUGCGACGCCCCCUCCGGCGAACACCCCCUACAAUCUGCCAAUCCACUGAAGCCUGUGUGUACACAAGGCUUUCGGAAUUUUCCCGUUUAACAUUUUCGACGGUACUGCCCAGGAACAAUAGUGAGGACACUCCCCCAUAG